AUGGCAUGGCGUCAGAAGAGGCCACAUCCUCACGGUCAAGGCUUCCGUUUCCCGGUCGUCAAGAAGGAGGAGGAAGAACUGCUGAGGGACCUGCCAGCAAAAGGUGGCUGGAUAUGGUCAAAACCAGAACUCAUCGAUGAUGACACCAAGGUGGCCAAGCGAGUUGCAUGGCUGAACAAGUAUGGCUGUCUGACCAAGCCCAUCGACUGGGCAGAGGUGGCCGACCUGCUCGACAGCCUCAAGGUGGCCCAUGCCAUGGUCCUCCUUAGGGAGCUGGAGAUGAAGGGCAACAAGGUAGCAGACCCAACUGGUUUCAUCAAGAAGGCGGUGGAACAGGCCGGUGGAGAUGAGGUCGACUUGGCGGGCGCGGACUCAGGACAGUCAGCAGUGGCGGAGAGAAUCGAAGAGUUGAACAGUGGAGGUACGUUGUCGGCUCAGAUUGAUGCCACCUCCGUUGUGGACGGACUUGAAAGACUUCCAGAAGAAGACGCGUUGGGACUGCUGCAAGAGGUUGCAGACAAAGGUCCAUCAGUCAAAAAUCCGACUGCACACAUUCGCUUCAAGCUCAAGGCGCGCCUGGCAGUACUUGGUGUGUCCCUCGAUGACGUCAGCGAGCACAGUAAAAUCUUGAAGCGCGUGGAGUGGCUGAACGACUACGGGGGCCUCCUUGAGGACAUCGAGUACAACAAAGUAGCCUCUGCCCUGGAGAGUGUUGGAACGGAUGCCGCUAUGACGAUACUCAAGCAGCUGGAGGAUCAGAGUACAGGUAUCGACAACCCAACCGACUUCAUCCUACGUUCAACCCGGCAGACGAACUCCCGUGCAGGAAGCGGCAACAGCAAACCGACGAAAGCUACCCGCAGAGAUGCUCCGGUGGCCGAGGCGGCGAGCGCACGAGAGAGCACCGAGCCGGUCACACCACUCCAGGCACUCAACGACUUCAUGAGCUUCCUGAACAAAGGUCCAGGCAAGCGACAGGACGUCAAGCUUGCUGAGGUGGCUGGUGCUUUGGAAGCCUUGGGAACGAAGAGAGCCGCGCGAAUCCUGCGCGAAAUGCGUGAAAAGGGAUUGGGUCUUGAUGAUCCCGUGAGCUACAUCAAGGCUGCGGCGCAGCGACACGGCUUUACAGUCGGAGUCAAAGCGGAAACUGCUGAGCCUGAGACUGCAGAAGACGUGGACGACGUCUCUAGACUCACAUCUCGCUGCAAGUGGCUGAACCAGUUUGCUGGCCUAGCACGACCCAUCAGCAUCGAUGAAGUGAUUGGUGCUCUCUAUUGCCUCGGCGUGCCUCAGUCGAUGUCCAUUCUCAGAGGACUUCAGGAGCGGGGUGCCAGCGUCCCGGACCCCACAAGAUACAUCAAGCAGGCUGUGCAGCGUGCCAACACCGCCAUCUCCGCGGAGGCAGAGGAUUCCUCAUCCGGAGUGAAGGAAGAACAUGAAGCUGAUAGUAGCCUCCACGCACCGUGGGCAGAGGAGGAGGAGGAGAUCUUCGAUUGGCCAGACGAGUCAGAGCAGGCAAAUUGGUGGGACGACGAGGACCUCACAGCGGAUUUCGCUGCAGCAGUUGGCGACGAGAACGACGAGGCCUGGCUCGACUGGUCAGCCGCCGCUGAGCCUGCGCCAAAGAAGCCGCGCACUGACGCAUCCGAAGCCGCAGCAGCUGCCGGGCGGCGAGCGGCAGCACGCCUUGCGGAGAAGAGGGAUGGGCCUCGCAGGGUUGUCGGCUCCGUGACCGGUUACACACAGCUAGUGCCAUCCCGUGCGACUGUGAAGCGCAGCUACGAAGGUCUGGUCAAGCAGGAGAUCCUAGAGAAGCAGGAGCCCGAAGAGGAAGAUGCGGUCCUGUCGCGAGACCAGCUCGCCGGUGUGGCGGCAGCGAGCAAAGCCACCUUGCUGCCCAUGUCGCCCCAGGAGAAGAUGAUGCAGGUUCGCAACUAUGCAUCGAAGCAUGCCCUGUACUUAGACGAGCAGUGCAUUAAGGCGCUUUCGCGCUUGCCGUUCUACCGAGCCAAAGAUCUCAUCGAGGAGGUACUGCUGGGAGGACGGCAACGGCAAGGCGUCUCAAACCCUUCCCGGUACCUGAUGGCUGCCGUCAAGAAGAUGUCCGUGGGGCUCGGCGUGGAGCAGGGCAUCGCCAUGGAGAUGGCUGUGUCUCUUGGUGUCGUUCUGAACAACGAUGCCUUGGAUGAGUUGGCCUCCAUCCCCAGACAGGAGUCACAUGCCAUCAUCCGUGAGUUGGCCCAAAACGAGGAGCACC